AGAGAAAAUGGCGUCCAAGUUAUUUAGGUGACGGCUGUUUUCUCCAUUAUAUCGAUGGAAAGGAAAGCUGUUUCUCCCGAUUCUUCGACUCAACUCGCCGAGAAAAGUAAGAAGUCUGCGAAACGAAAGCAUAAACACCGUGACAGGAAGAAAAGCAAGAAGGCAAAAUCUUCCAGUCCAUCCCAGGAUAUCGAGAAUAAUGAUAUCAGUACGAGGAGUAAAAAUAAUAAGACCGGCAAUGAGAGGAUCAAACAUCUUACAGAGUUCCUAGAUGACAGAAAAGAACUUUACAAUCAGCUGUUUACCAUCGUUUCUAAGAAAGAAAUCAAGGAAAUGAUGCCGGAAAUUUUAAAGAAGCUGAGUUUCAAGGAAGUGAAGAAACUCUGUUCAGAGCAACUUGAAUCAUUUUCAAAGACACAGCUCAAGAUUAUCAUUACUGGAAAAGAUAUGGCUUCUUCUGAGGAUGAAAGUACAAAAAAGGAAGAAAAUGUUGAUGAAACACAGUUGAAGAGAAAGACCAUGAAUGAGGACAGUAAAAGAGUGGAGAGCAAAAUAAGUAAAUCAAUCAAAGAGGGGAAAGAUGAAGAAAAGAAGGAGAAAGAUAUGAUCAUUUUCCAAGAAAUGAUCACAAUUCCCAACCAAGAGGAAAUUGAUGAACUUGUGGAAGGGAACAGCACUGCUCAACAGCAAACUACAGAAGAUACAUCACAUCCUGCAGAAGGAACUGUAAAUGAAGAGGCAGAACUGAGGGAACUUGAAUUCCGUGCACGGGCGCUUGAGUCGCUGGUCCGCGCUCGUGAACGUCAGAUGAGGACAUAGAGGUGCCAUAUUUGAAGCCAUCUCUCAAGCCCAAAAACUCAAGUCCCAAAAGAGGUUUCAAAGAGCAUAUUUGAUUGAGGCUCAUAUGGACAAAGAAAAUUUGUCGUUGAGAUAUGAUCGUUAAGUUACUGUUCCAAUAAAAAACUUCUGAUGAACUAGCCAGAAGAAUUAGUAAAAAAGACUCAAGGCUUUCUAAGAUAACGAGCUUUGUCAGCCUGUGUAAGUCUGGAUAACGAACUUUGCGAGAUAAUGAUGAUGACGAUGGAGGUGGAAGUGACGCGAAUCGAAUUUCAAGUCCAUCGAGGUAGAGUCGUCUGUUUUGACAUUGUUUUCGAAUCAGACAUUAAGUAACGAUUAGUACGUAACGGGUAUGAACUCAAGGAAACUAUUCAGUGUCUAAAGAGAAAGAACUGGGAUUGAGAACUGAGUUAUUUUCCUCAUGUGGUUUCUAACAAUUAAAAACGACGUUCAGAAAAAUGCUUGUUAGCCAUUUAUUCGUGAUCGGUCGAUACGUUACACAUUUCACAGUAUUUUAGGUCA